GAGAGCAGAGAGCAGAGAGAGGGAAUGGCCGAUGGGGAGCGGACUGCCUUUGGCGAUCUCCUCAGACCCAUCGCCGACCCGCCCGUCCGCCCCGACCUGAUCUCCCUCUCUGCCUCCGCAACCGCCGCCGCAUCCACCGCCGUAGACCCUCCGCAUGGAUCCCGCGCGGAGGCCGACCGGCUCGGUGCCUCCCUGAAGGAGCUCGCCGACGCCGACGCCCGCAUCGUGUUUGUCGGCGACCCCGGCCUCACUGACCCCCGCCUCGCCCUCCCCGGUAACGCCGUCCGCACCGCCAAGUACUCCUUUCUCACUUUCAUCCCCCGUAACCUCUUUGAGCAGUUCCGCCGCCUCGCCUACGUCUACUUUCUCGCCAUCGCUGUCCUCAACCAGCUACCUCAGCUCGCGGUGUUCGGCCGCGGCGCCUCCGUCCUCCCUCUUGCGUUCGUCCUCCUUGUCACUGCCGUCAAGGACGCCUACGAGGACUGGCGCCGCCACCGCUCCGACCGCGUCGAGAACGGCCGCGCCGCCGCCGUCCUCGACCCCGCCGGCUCUGGCCAGUUCCGGUCACGCCGCUGGAAGGACCUCCGCGUCGGCGAGGUCAUCAAGGUGCUCGCUGACGAGUCCAUCCCCUGCGACAUGGUACUCCUUGCCACCAGUGACCCCACCGGCGUUGCCUAUGUCCAGACCAUCAACCUCGACGGCGAGUCCAACCUCAAGACCCGCUACGCCAAGCAGGAGACCAUGUCUCGUCUCCCCAACAUUACAGCCGGCAGCAUCACCACACUCAUCCGCUGCGAGACCCCAAACCGCAACAUUUACGGGUUCCACGCCAAUCUGGAGGUCGACGGGAAGAGGGUCUCCCUUGGGGCGUCCAACAUCAUCCUCCGUGGCUGCGAGCUCAAGAACACAGCGUGGGCAAUUGGUGUUGCCGUCUACACCGGGACCGAGACCAAGGUCAUGCUCAACAGCUCAGGGGCGACCUCCAAGAGGAGCCGACUGGAGACCCACAUGAACAGGGAGACGCUGCUGCUGUCCGCAAUCCUGAUCACCCUUUGCUCGGCGGUGUCCAUCUGUAACGGGAUCUGGCUGGCGAUUCACAGGGACGAGCUGGAGCUCUCACAGUACUUCAGGAAGCGGGACUACUCUGGUGGUGACGAGAAGUACUACAAUUACUAUGGGAUUGCCAUGCAGGUGUUCUUCAUUUUCCUCAUGGCGGUUAUCGUGUUCCAGAUCAUGAUUCCUAUUUCCCUCUACAUCUCGAUGGAGCUAGUUAGGCUUGGUCAGGCAUACUUCAUGAUUCGGGACAAGAAUUUGUACGAUGAGAGCUCGAACUCGAGGUUCCAGUGUAGGGCUUUGAAUAUCAACGAGGAUCUUGGGCAAAUAAGGUAUGUGUUCUCUGACAAGACGGGAACUUUGACGGAGAACAAGAUGGUGUUCCAAUGUGCAAGCAUUCGUGGAAUUGAUUACAGUGAAGGGAAAGAUCCAUCCCCAAAUGGCAGCGAUGUGUAUUAUGUCGUAGUUGGCGACCAGUUUUGGAGGCCAAAGAUGCUAGUUAAGACAGAUCCUAAGCUGGUGAGGCUUUUGAGAAGUGAAGGUGAGACACAGGAAGGGAAGCAUGCUCGUGAUUUCUUCCUUGCUCUGGCCGCUUGCAAUACUAUUGUGCCUCUUAUUGUUGGGACUCCAGAUCCUAAACAGAAGUUAAUUGAUUAUCAGGGUGAGUCUCCCGAUGAACAGGCAUUGGUUUAUGCUGCUGCAGCUUAUGGGUAUGUGCUUAUAGAACGGACCUCUGGGCACAUAGUCAUUGACGUUCUUGGGGAUAGACAAAGGUUCAAUGUUUUGGGCCUUCAUGAAUUUGAUAGUGACCGGAAGAGAAUGUCAGUAAUUAUCGGUUGCCCUGAUAGGACAGUAAGACUAUUUGUGAAAGGUGCAGACAGUUCAAUGUUUGGAGUUCUGGAAAAAUCUGUAGAUUUGGAUAUCAUUCGUGCAACGGAGACUAAUCUUCAUGCCUAUUCAUCAGUGGGUUUGAGGACACUGGUUGUUGGAAUGCGGGAGUUGAGUAGAAAUGAUUUUGAGGAAUGGCACUCUGACUAUGAGAAUGCAAGUACAGCAUUGUAUGGCAGGGGAAACUUACUACGAGCAGUUGCAUCUAGGGUUGAGAACAACCUCCAAAUAUUGGGAGCCUCUGGGAUUGAAGAUAAGCUACAGCAAGGCGUACCAGAAGCCAUAGAAUCCCUGAGGCAAGCAGGCAUCAGAGUGUGGGUUUUGACAGGGGACAAGCAAGAAACUGCAAUUUCCAUUGGCUAUUCUUGUAAGCUGCUAACAAGUGAAAUGACUCAUAUUGUGAUAAACAGCAAUUCUGAAGCAUCAUGUAGAAAAAGUUUAGAAGAUGCAAUUGCCAUAUCUAGCAAAUUUGUCGCAAUAUCUUCUAGGGCUCAAAAUACUAUUAUAGCUACUGGAUCUGCCAGGGUUCCUCUGGCUUUGAUCAUUGAUGGUACGAGCCUUGUGCACAUUCUGGAGACGGAACUAGAAGAAAAGCUUUUCAAAAUAGCAACGGUUUGUGAUGUCGUAUUGUGCUGCCGUGUUGCUCCAUUGCAAAAGGCUGGAGUAGUUGCUCUUAUAAAAAAGAGAACAGAGGAUAUGACCUUAGCCAUUGGAGAUGGUGCAAAUGAUGUAUCAAUGAUCCAAAUGGCUGAUGUUGGGAUUGGCAUAAGUGGUCAAGAGGGAAGGCAAGCAGUUAUGGCCUCAGAUUUUUCCAUGGGACAGUUCAGAUUCUUAGUGCCCCUUUUAUUGGUUCAUGGCCAUUGGAAUUACCAAAGAAUAGCCUAUAUGAUCUUAUACAACUUCUACAGGAAUGCUGUGUUUGUCUUCAUAAUGUUCUGGUAUGUACUGUAUACGGCUUAUACCUUGACAACUGCAAUCACUGAAUGGAGCAGUGUAUUGUAUUCUGUCCUCUAUACUGCUCUACCUACAGUAGUAGUUGGAAUUCUUGACAAGGAUCUUAGCAGGAGAACACUGCUAAAGUACCCAAAGCUGUAUGGAACUGGACAGAGAGAGGAAAGAUACAACCUGAAGUUGUUUAUCCUUACAAUGAUGGAUGCAAUUUGGCAAAGCCUUGUUGUUUUCUUCAUCCCUUACCUGGCAUACAGAGACACCACCGUUGAUGGAUCCAGCUUAGGAGAUUUGUGGACUCUUGCAGUGGUCACUCUAGUAAACAUUCACUUGGCCAUGGAUGUGUUCCGCUGGAACUGGAUCACUCAUUUAUCUAUCUGGGGUUCCAUAGCUGUAGCUGUGAUGUGUGUCAUCUUGAUUGACUCCAUAUGGUCCUUACCUGGUUACUGGGCCAUCUAUCAUAUAAUGAAGACUGGAUUGUUUUGGUUAUGCUUGCUCGGCAUCUUUGCAGCAGGAAUGAUUCCCCGGUUCACAAUGAAGGCUUUGACUGAGUACUUCAUGCCUAAUGAUAUUCAAAUUUCUAGAGAACUAGAAAAGUUUGGUAAUUUUAAUGAUUUCACUGGUACGGAAAUUUCUAUGAGCACAUUCUCAGAAACCCACCCAGGGUUUAUACGGUGAUGUUUUGUUCUUCAAAAUUUUCUUUUUCUUCUUAUUUUUGUUUGUAUAUUAGUGUAUUCUUUCUGCUGCUGGUCAGUGUUUCUUGCUGGCUGCAAGCUGGUCACAUACCCAAAGUGAUAUAUAUCUUUGUCAUGUGUGUAUUUGUUUAACAGUUUCUUUUUUUUUUUUAAAGAAAUGAGAAUUAGGAUCAUAUCACAAACUGGAUAUAAACAUUCCAAUUGCUUCUCUACUACCUGUGGUGCAUUCUGAUUCAUGAA